AUGAUCACAGCCAUUCAACCCCCAAUCUCCUACGGGAGGACCGCCCAGUCUGGCUUCAUCACGACGGCCACAGACUUAGAUCCAUACUCGUACCAGGUCGGGUAUGGCAACAGGUUUGCGACUGAGGCCAUCCCUGGAACACUUCCUCAAGGCCGCAAUACGCCGCAAAAAUGCAAGUACGACCUCUUCUCUGAACAGCUGAACGGCACACCGUUCGUAUCUGCUCGCGCAUCACAACAGCACGCCUGGUUCUACCGCAUACGACCGUCAGUUGCCCACCGACCCGUCACGACGUCGGUGGACAAUCCCAACUUGGUGGCAUCGUUUGCUGCCACCAACCCAAGCACCAAGUUCCUUGCACGAGACCAGUCAUGGGGAGCAUUUCCCAUCCCCGAGGAGUCGGAUCCCGUCGACUUCGUGCAAGGCAUCAAGACUAUUGGCGGCCACGGAGAUGCUAUGAGCAAGGAAGGUCUUGCUGUCCACGCAUACACGGCAAACCGGUCCAUGGGCAAGACCGCCUUCUGCAACAACGACGGCGACUUUCUGAUCCUGCCACAGCAUGGUCGUCUCGACAUUCAGACCGAGUUCGGCCACCUCAUGGUUCGCCCUGGAGAAUUGGUGGUCAUUCCAGCCGGAAUUCGAUUCAAGGUCGAGCUGCCUGACGGUACUGCUCGUGGCUACAUUCAAGAGAUCUUUGGCGCCCAUUUUGAACUACCUGAGCUGGGACCCGUGGGGUCUAACGGUAUGGCAAUGCCCCGGGACUUUGAAUAUCCCGUAGCAAGUUUUGACGUGGAUCAAACCGUCUGGACCAUUGUCGUCAAGCUAGCAGGCCGACUGUUCGAGUAUGAACAGGAACAUACGCCUUUUGAUGUCGUCGCCUGGCAUGGAAAUUAUGCACCUUACAAGUACGCCACCGAGAAGUUCGUGAACUCGGCCACAGUAGAAAAGGAGCAAAGCGACCCGUCAAUCUACUGUGUGCUGAUGGCCAAGUCCAAGACCGCUGGCGUUGCGCUGACAGAGUUGCUGGUCUUCACCCCGAGAUGGAGCGUCACGACCAACUCCUUCCGGCCGCCAUACUACCACCGUAAUGUUUGCACUGAGCUGAUGGGCAUGGUCUACGGAGACUGGAAGGGUUCAGCUACACUGCUGGAGCCAGGCGGACUCACAUACGAACCCAGCCUGAUGCCACACGGAGAGUCGUAUGAAAGAUGGAGCGAGGCUACGACUACAGAACUCGUGCCCGAGAGGGUGAAUGAGAACACUCUUGCCUUCAUGCUGCACAUCUCAGGUCACAUUGCCUUGACCGACUACGCCCUGGAAAAGAGCGGUACUCUCCAUGAAAUUCAAGCCAACUUUUGGGACGGCUUUGACAGCGGCUUCACCAAGCACAUCGACCAGAUAGAUCGGGAUCUGGCGUCUGCGGGGCUUGGAGGUUUGAGACGCCCGGAGAAGACAAAGGAGGCGAACGAGCUAGAUAGUGAGAUCAUGAAGAGAUGA